CUAAGUUCAUGUAAAUGUUAUUUAACAGCUUUAGCACUACAGUGUGCACGUGCUUCCUACAUUUCCCAGAAUGCACCGCAGUGUGUGGUGUAGUAAUGGCGGUGUUUCUGUGAUUCUGAGAACUGAACCUGUAUUGUUUGUCACACUGAAGUAACUGAGCCGGAACCUAAAUGGCGGAACUCAGUUUCCGGGUUGUGUUUCUGUUGGUCCUGACUUCAUGUUACACUGAUGUCUGUCAGCCCGCCAAACUGAACAUCCCCAAAGUUCUGCUCCCUUUGGCCAGGAGCACAAAGAUCAACUUCACACUGGAGGCCACUGAAGGCUGCUACAGAUGGUCAUCAAACAGACCUGAGGUGGCGAGUGUUGAAUCUAUAGACAUGGACGAGCGUCAUUGUUCCCAGAGAGCUGUACUUCAGGCUCGCUCCAAUCAGCUCUCACGCCUCACCAGUAUUAUUCUAGCGGAGGACGUUGUGACUGGACAGGUGUUACGCUGUGACGCCAUCGUGGACAUCAUCAGUGAGAUUCAGAUCGUCUCCACAACACGGGAGCUUCACCUGGAGGACUCGCCCCUGGAGCUGAUGAUCCAUGCUCUGGAUUCAGAGGGAAACACCUUCAGUACUCUGGCUGGUCUGGUGUUCGACUGGAGCCUUGUGAAGGGCACAGAGACGGGAAUGCUCCCAGAUUCCUACAGCUCGUUACGAGUGCUGACGUUCUCAGAGUCGACCUACACACCGCCAACAUACAUAUCAGAGAUGGAGCGUGUGGGGAAGCAGGGAGACAUCAUUCUGGUGUCUGGGAUUAAAACUGGUCACGCAAAACUGAAGGCUAAAAUCCAGGAGCCGCUCUACACCCAUGUAGGAGCUGCUGAGGUGCGACUGUUGAUCCUGGAGAACAUCCUCCUGAGCCCUGCCUAUGAUGUCUACCUGCUAGCUGGAACCUCCAUCAAGUACAAGGUGCAGAAAAUCCGGCAGGGGAAGAUCACAGAACUCUCCAUGCCGUGUGAUCAGUACGAGCUCCAGCUGAAGAACAGCGUGGUCACUCCUAGAGGGGAUGUGAACUCUGCGGUGGCGGAGCUCCAUCCCAGCACCUCUACAGUCGUCGCUCUUCAGCAAGGACACACCAACAUUGUCCUGGAUCACAAGACCCUGGGAAUGAAGGGAGCGUCUCGUCUCCCUAACAGCACGCUGUAUGUAGUGGAACCUGGAUACCUGGUGUUUAAGAUAAACCCUGGAGAACGCUGGGUUCUGGAGACUGGAAGAACCUACGAAAUCUUCAUUGAAGUGUUUGACAAGUCCAGCAACAAGAUUUAUUUAUCAGAUAACAUCAGGAUACAGCCCACAUUCCCUAAAGAGUUCUUUGAGGUUCUGGAGUCGUCUCUGAACGGAUCAUACCACCGUGUGAGAGUGCUGAAGAAAGGGCAGACGGCUGUCGAGGGGACGCUGAAGGCUGUCGUAGAUCAGAGAGGAAUCCAGCACACACUUCCUGUUCCAGUGAGGAACGAACAGGACGUUGAAAUCUACAACCCCAUCACCCUCAAUCCCUCCAACCUUACGUUCCCAUGGCAACCGAAAGAAGGAGCAUAUCAGUACACCAUCCAGGUCACUGGAGGAAGCGGGAACUUCAGCUGGUCUUCCUCAAACACGGCCGUCGCUACGGUUACAGUGAAGGGUGUGAUGAAGACCGUGCAUGACAUCGGCGUGAGUACAGUGUACGCUCAUGACCUGCGCAACCCACUGCAUUACGGAGAGAUGAAGGUUUAUGUGAUCGAGCCUGUGAAGAUGGAGUUUGCUCCGUGUGUGGUGGAGGCUCGGGUGAAUCUCACUCUGGAGCUUCCACUGCGCAUCUUUGGCCAGCUCAGCUUGGAGGACCAGGAGAAGGUCAUGCUGAGCGACUGCUCACACUUCGACUUGCAGGUGCAGAUGGAAAAUCACGGCGUGUUUCAGCUACAGCAGGGGCUCUUACCCCCAGGUCAGCAGCACUGUAGCGGUGUGCGAGUACAAGCCGUAUCCCCAGGUUACACAAACCUGGUGGUCACUUACACACACGGAAAUGUUCAUCUGAAUGCCAAGAUCACCAUCGUUGCUUACCCACCUCUCAGGGCAGUAGAUCCAGUGUCCGUUGCUCUCGUUACUCUUGGCUCAUCUAAAGGCAUGAUUUUUGAGGGUGGACCGAAGCCAUGGAUUCUUGAACCUUCCAAGUUUUUCAGAAACCUGACAGCUGAGGACACUAACAGUGUCACACUGACGCUAUCAGGCCCGACGUCCCGUAACUACUUCACCCACCACGUCAGAGCAUCGUGUCGUGCCCUCGGGGAGCAGGUGUUGGCAGUGACCGUGGGGAAUCAGCCGACUCUCACUAAUCCCUUUCCUGCCGUGGAGACCGCGGUAGUGAAGUUUGUGUGCGCUCCUCCAUCACGCCUGGCACUUGUCCCUGUCUACACCACCUCUCAGCUCGACCUGUCCUGCCCCCUGCUGCAGCACAACAAACAAGUGGUUCCUGUGUCUAAUUACCGGAACCCAGAGUUGGACGUGGUGGCGUUUGACCAGCAAGGAAGAAGGUUUGAUAACUUUAGCUCUCUGAGUAUGAUAUGGGAGUCGUCCAAAGCAGCGCUGGCCAGCAUCAAGCCCAACAAGCCCAUGGAGCUGUACGUCAGUGAGGAGACCAACACCAAGCAAAAGAAGCUUCAAGGACGUCAGAUGGUGUUUGUUCAUCAUGAGUCAGGUGUAGCAGCCAUCACUGUGAGUGCGCUGGGCUACCAGACAUCUCACCUGGAGAAAGCGGCUGUUCUGCCUGGGUUUGAGCCCCUAACGGUGGUCUCUGCUACAUUGGACCUGCUGUUGGUUGAGGAUGUGACUGUGACCCCACAGUCUGUCUCCAUUUAUAAUCACCCUGAUGUUCGGGUCGAGCUCCUGCUGCAGGAAGGCUCUGGUUAUUUCUUCAUCAAUAGCAGUGUUCAGGGAAUCGCUAAUGUGGAGUUUCAGGAGUCUCGGGGAACUGCUGAGGUGGUCCCAGUGCGUCCUGGUGUCCUCCAGGUGAUGAUCCAUGACCUCUGCUUAACCUUUCCUGCCCCUGCCACAACCACAGUGCACAUUUCAGACAUCCUGGAGGUUUAUGUGCGUGUGGUGGAUAAGGUGGAGAUCGGGAAGUCCGUGAGAGCCUACGUCCGAGUUUUGGACGACAACAAAAAGCCGUUUCUUGCCAAAUAUUUUUCUCACAUGAAUCUGAAACUGAAAGCUGCAUCAUCCAUCGUGUCUCUGCAACCUUUAUCAGAGCACUAUGAGAAGGACACGGCUACGUUCCUGGUCAAAGGCUUGGUGAUCGGUCAGACGAGUAUCUCUGCUGUCCUGACAGAUAAAAACGGGAGAGAAAUCACAUCCUCACCACAACAAAUCGAGGUUUUCCCACCUUUCAGGCUGCUCCCAAGGAAGGUGACGAUGAUCAUUGGGGCAGUGAUGCAGAUCACAUCAGAAGGAGGUCCACAGCCUCAGUCCAACAUCCUGUUCUCUUUAAGUGACCCACACAUUGCUUCAGUUAACAGCAUCGGUCUGGUUCGAGGCGUCGCCGUGGGCAACAUGACCGUUACAGGAGUCGUACAAGCCAUUGACACCGAAAGCGGGAAGCUAGUGGUGAUCUCGCAGGAUCACGUGCAGGUGGAGGUGGUGCAGCUCAAAGGGGUCCGAAUCCGAGCGCCCGUCACAAGGAUGAAGACCGGCACCGUGAUGCCAGUGUACGUGAUGGGAUUAACGAGCAGCGAGACGCCGUUCUCCUUCGGCGAUGCUCUGCCAGGACUCAAGUUCCACUGGAGCGUAACCAAGAGAGACAUCCUGGACGUCCACACUCGCCAUUCAGAGGCCUCCAUUAAACUUUCUGCUGAGCACAAUUUUGCCAUGAGUGUAUCGGGCAGCAGUAAAGGUCGCACCGGACUGAAGGUGGUGGUAAGAACCACUGUUCCAGAAGCAGGGCACUUGUGGGGCAACAAGCUGGAGCUGAGUGAUGAGAUUCAGAUCCAGGUUUUUGAGAAAUUGCAGUUGUUGAAUCCAGAAGUUCCGGCUGAGAAGAUCUUAAUGUCACCAAACUCUUUAUUAAAGCUACAAACCAACCGGGAUGGAAUGGGAUCUCUGUCGUAUCAAGUUCUAGAUUGUCCUGAUGCAGCUUCUGUGGUCCAUGUGGAUGAUCACGGCCAUCUUACCUCAGGCUCUCUGGCAGGCACGGCGUCAUUACAGAUCACUGCUCAGGAGAGCUUCGGAGUCAACCAGACCAUCAUUAUUGCUGUGAAGGUGGUCACCGUCUCCUACCUGAGACUGAGCACCAGUCCAGUUUUCUACACCUCGGACAGGGAGCAGUUCUCGGCCUUCCCCCUCGGCUCUGUACUCACCUUCACUGUCCACUUCCACGACAGCAACGGUGAACAGCUGCACAGCCACAACUCACAGCUCACCUUCUCCACCAACAGGGAUGACCUGGUGCAGGUGGGUAAAGAUGUGAGUAACAGUUCUCUCACAGUGAGGACAGUAAAUGUGGGUUUGACUUUGUUGAGCGUUUGGGAUUCGGAGCAGAGCAGCCUGGUGGAUUACGUCAGUCUUCCUGUUCAUCACGCCAUCCAGCCGGCUGAGGCCCACAACCUGGUGCCUGCUGACGUUGUGUGUUUUUCAGCCCGGCUCUUUAGCCAUGAAGGUCUCUCUGGAACAUGGAGCUCAUCAUCCAGCUCCAUCCUGGAGAUCCAUCCCAAGACGGGUGUAGCUGUAGCUCGAGAUGUGGGCACAGUCACUGUUUAUUAUGAGAUACCAGGACAACUGCGCACUUACAGAGAGGUCGUUGUGAACACCGUCUCCAGGACCGUCGCUACGGUUCCCUCAGACUCUGUGAGGAACGAGCGAGAGACCAAAGUGCACCUGACCACCAGAGAAGGAGGAACCAACCUCAUUGGAAGCUGCUCGCCCAUUCAGUUGGAAAGCAUCGUCUCUCUACAGCCCGAGAAGUCCAUCAGUUGCCAUCUGCAGUUCACCAGCAAUGUCGUCGACUUCUCUGCUCAUGACGUCUAUAACACACACACUACUUUUGACCCCAGCACAGGUGUGUACAGCUGUGUGUUGACCCUCGGCCCGUUGACGGAGCAGCAGGUGAAGGUUCUGGGCAUGUCCAUGAGCAGUGUGAGGGUGGAGGCGGGUGUGGAGGGAAGUCGUUUUACAGGAGAGCGAGUUGGCACUGAUCUGCUGGUGAAUCCUGGAUUCUACGCCGAUCAAACACGCAUCAUCCUGAGCAGCCAACACAGAACAGCUGAGCUCAGUGUGUUCAGUGCUACAGGAGUGUUGCAGCACCUGCAGGUGAAGUCGAGCUCUCCCUCCAUCCUGGUCCAGGAGAAGGAGGUCUCCCCCACCUACCCGAGCUUCAUCAAAUACACAGUGACUCUGCUUAACCUGCAGGACACGAUGCCUGCCUCUCUGACCGUGUCGAGUCCCAGCAGCAAACAGCAGCUGCUCAUUCCCAUCACUGUCCUACACCCAGACCCCAGCUCCACCAGCAGAGAAGGAGAUGGAGUCGGGAUCCUGCAGCAGUUCAUGGACUCGUACCAGGUCAUGUUCUUCACCCUGUUUGCUGUCCUGGCCGGUACGGCGGUCAUCGUUAUCGUGUGUCACUCCAUUUUCUCUCCAAAAGACCCACCGGCUCAUCCUGCCUUCAUCCAGAGAACUCCGCCCUCUCCAGCAUCUCCGGCCGCGAAUCGCUUUAACCACACACCUCACUCUGAUCUGAGAGGAAGCCCGAACCUUCGUUUGUUCUCUCCGAACUACAACUCGCGCUGAGAUCAGCCACAAACAUGCAGUCCAGCUGUUACAAGUGCCUUUAAGUGUGUGUGUAGCUUCCUGGUAUUUACCGGUGUUUUCCGUGUACUUUUUGUUUGGAUGUUUAUAGAAUCCUACCGGCCUUUUUUUUCUCUCUCUCUGCUUCUUUUAUAACUCUGGGCAUUUUUAUUCCAGUCCAUGUGAUGAAUCUGUGAACACAUGAAAACUCUGGACCUCACAUCAAACCUGUCAAUCAUGUGAUGUAGUUUAUUAUUAUUAUUAUUAUUAUUAUUAUUAUUAGAGUAUUUUGAAUAUACCAGGCACCACCGUGUCCUCACUGAAUCCGCCCUCGUCAUGCAGCACUGAAGAUGUGUGAAAGUUUGGCCAGUUUUUUGUGAAGUAAUAAUGUUUCUACUGUUUUUGUUAAGUUUAAAGUGUGUGGUCUGAUCCACUUGGCCACGUCUCCUGUACUCAUGUGAAAUAACUGACAUCUGAUAAAUUGCUUUUAUUCAGGGUACAAAAGUCUGAGUCUGCUCACAACAUCUGAUUUCAUCCUGACGAGCAUCAGAAAUCAUUCUAACGAUGAUAACCUCACGUGGCGACGUGCGUGUGGGGCCGAGCACCGUUUACUGCUUUCUCCCUGAGUGAACAGUUUACUGCCAGGAGCCACAGAGCACUAAAAGUCUGUGUGAUGGCUGAUGCUGACGCUGCACCGUGUGCUGCAGGAUGUCUGGCUGAUCAGGGCUUUUUAAGUAAUGAAGACAAAAUGCCGCUCAGGUUCAACAUUUAGUUCUGCAGUGUUUGGUGUUGUGGUGUAUCUGAGGGAGGAAACCAAGCCUCAGGGUUCUGUAGCUGUUCUGAACACACAAUAAGAGCUGAUGCUUCCUCGACAUCAUUCGUUUUAGAGACAGAGGGAAAAAAAAUCCCGACUGUUUCCUGAUGAAUAUAAUACACUUUAUUUCCAUUUACAGAAUGAAAGGAUUUUUAUUUUAUUCAUUAAAAUAAUACAGAUUUUCUUCAAGCACACUUUCAGAAUCGGUCCGUAAUGUAAACAGUCUCAGUAAUAGAUUACUGUGCAGAUUAAUAAUAAUGUAAUGAGUCACUGCAGGUUAACGAGGAAGAUAAACAGGUUUAGUGGUGAAAAAGUUAAAUCUACUGACCCAAAGAAACGUAAAGCUGAUGUGGGGCAGAAUAACAGACGUCUGUAAACUCGUCUGACUUUACUCUUAUUGUCUGGUGUUUGCGUCACUCGUCUGUUAAAGCGUCACUAAUGUGAACUGAACGGUGAUUAAAACUGAUCUGUUGUCAGUUUUUUCUUGUUUGUGAGACUCAGACUUUUAAACUUUUUUUUUUGUUGUAUUUUUACACAAGAUUCCUCACGUAUUCAGACGUUUUCUCUCCAUGUGAAUUUUGUUGUGAAUUUUGUGAAUUCUUUUGCUAAAAGUUGUGAAUUUGUUUUUACUUGAUACCUCAGAAGUCAGGGCUCAGUACCAUGAUGAUGGUUUUUCAGGUUUGAAGACUGUGGCAGUGUAUAAAAUAUAAACAGCCUGUGGUUUUACUUUAGGGUUUUUCACACAGGCGAAUCUUCGGCAAUGUGAGUUUUAAUUCAGUUCUGCUUCUGUUUGCUUUUGUCGAUUAAAUGCCUUUUUCUAAA